AUGUCAUCCUCUUCGGCACGCGUGGUCGAUAUCCACACGCACAUGUACCCUCCCUCUUACAUCCAAAUACUGGAAUCCCGCUCCACCAUCCCUCUCGUUCGCAAGUUUCCUCAAGCAUCCGAUCCUAGACUCAUCCUCCUGGAGGCCGAAGUCAAGGCUCUGGAAGAAGCAACACGAGAUCCUGAAGCGAAACCACCUGGUCGACCUCUGACGUCUCACUAUGCGUCGCUUGCUCAAAAGGUACACUUCAUGGACACGCAUGAGAUUGACAUAUCUGUCAUAUCGCUAGCGAAUCCAUGGCUGGACUUUCUGGACCCUUCAGAAUCUGGAUCCAUAGCAGAGUCUGUCAACCAAGAGUUUUCACGCAUGUGCGGCGAGCAUCCAGGAAGGCUCUUCUUCUUUGGCACACUGCCUUUGACGGCAAACUUGGAAACCAUUCUCGAGUCAAUCAAGAGUCUCCCAACGCUCAAGUAUUGCAGAGGAGUCAUCCUGGGCACUUCAGGACUUGGCAAAGGCUUGGACGAUCCUGACCUUUUGCCCAUUUUCGAGGCUCUUGCCCGAGCAGAGUUGACAGUGUUUUUACACCCUCACUACGGUCUCCCGAACGAUGUUUGGGGUCCUCGAGCGAGCGCCGAAUAUGGCCACGUCCUUCCCUUGGCCCUUGGCUUUCCCAUUGAGACAACCAUCGCCGUUGCUAGGAUGUACCUGGCAGGAGUCUUUGACAAAGUACCAGAGCUGCGCAUGAUCCUCGCCCACAGUGGCGGAACACUUCCUUUCCUUGCCGGCAGAAUCGAAAGCUGCAUCAUGCAUGACGGGCAGUUUCUCCGGGAAGGGAAACUAGCCAAGGGCCGCCGAACGGUGUGGGACGUGCUGAAAGAGCAGAUAUAUCUUGACGCCGUCAUUUACUCGGAAGUUGGCCUCAAAGCAGCCAUCCAGGCCAGCGGGGCCGACAGGCUCAUGUUUGGCACCGAUCACCCUUUCUUCCCACCUCUUACAAGCGACGAGCAAGGUGAAUGGGAGAGCGUGAGCCUGAACGCAGAAGCUGUUGCUCGUGCAGUUGGACAAGGCACGGGGGACUGCGAGAACGUCAUGGGAAUGAACGCAGUCAAGAUAUUAAGACUUGACAGUAAAUCAUGA